AUGGUUACAUAUGCUGGGAAGCUGGUGCUUGCUCCUAUGGUACGAGCAGGGGAAUUACCUACAAGACUAUUAGCAUUAAAACAUGGGGCUGAUCUUGUUUGGUCACCAGAAAUAGUAGAUAAAAAGUUAAUCCAAUGCCAAAAAGAAACUAAUACGAAAUUGAACACUAUUGAUUUUGUUAUCCCAUCUUCUAAUGAUAAGAAACCAUCUACAGUCGUCUUUAGAACUUAUCCAAAGUUAGAGAAAAAUAAAUUGAUUUUUCAAAUGGGUACUUCAGAUCCAACUCUUGCUGUAGAAGCAGCUAAAAUAGUUAUAAAUGAAGUUGAUGGUAUUGAUAUUAAUGCAGGCUGCCCCAAACAUUUUUCUAUCCAUUCAGGAAUGGGUGCAGCUCUAUUGAAAACACCAGAAAAAUUAUGUUCUAUAUUAAGUGAAUUAGUUGAAAAAGUUGGUAAACCAUAUAAUAAACCAAUCAGUGUGAAGAUUAGAAUAUUAGAAGAUGAACAAUCCACUAUUGAAUUAGUUGAAAAAAUUUGUCAAACUGGGAUAGCUAAUCUUACUGUUCAUUGUCGUACAACUCCUAUGCGUAAUAGAGAAGCACCAAUUAGAGAUUAUUUACAGACAAUAAAUAAAAUUUGUAAAAAAAACAAUGUAUCACUAAUAAUGAAUGGUGCUAUAUCUAAUAGAACUCAUUUUGAAAAUCUUCGUCAAGAGCUAGGAUUUGGUAAUGAAUUAGGUGGUAUGAUUGCAGAAAAUGCCGAAUCUAACCCAUCAGUUUUCAAUGAAACUCCAUUACCAUGGUUUUUAACAUGUAAAGAAUAUCUUUCCAUUGCAGAACAGUUUGAUAAUCAUGUAGGCAAUACAAAAUAUAUGUUGACUAGAAUUGUUCCUGGUAAAUCUAAAUUUUUCCAAUUAUUUACACGAUGCAAGACAUCUAAAGAGAUUAAUUAUGUUAAAGAACAAAUCGAUGAUAAAGGUGAAUUAAUAAAUGAUCCUACUGAUUAUUUAGAAGAAUGUCGAAAAGAGGAAAAAAAUUAA